AUGCCAUUCUUUAAGGAUCUCCUCAAAAAAAUCAUUGAUGAUGACUCUGAUGAUGAAGAAUCGCAAACUAAAAAGCACAGUAAAGCCCAAGUGAAGCCCUAUUAUGGAACAAUCACUCCCGACCCAAACUUCAACGCUGCACGUGAUGCUGCAGCUCUACAGAAGGCCAUUGAAACCAAAGGUGUAGAUGAACAAACCAUUGUGGAGAUUCUGGUGAAGAAGAGCAAUGAGCAGAGACAACAGAUCAAAUCUGCCUAUGAACAGAGCACAGGAAAACCUCUGGAGGAGACCCUAAAGGCGGCUCUGAAAUCUGAGUUUGAAGAUGUGGUGCUCGGCUUGCUGAUGACACCUGCCCAAUAUGAUGCACAUGAAAUCAGAAUGUCUAUGAAGGGACUGGGGACAAAUGAGAGUGUCCUGUGUGAAAUUCUAAGCACCAGGUCAAAUAAAGAGAUCACAGAGCUGAAAAAGACAUUCAAAGAAGCCUAUAAUGAAGAUCUGGAGGAAGAUAUUAAAUGUGACACAAGUGGAGAUUUCAGGGAUGCUUUACUUGCACUGUGCAAGGCUGAUAGGUGUGAAGAUGAAGAAAUUGAUGAUGGAGUGGCCAAGAGUGAUGCAAAGGCCCUGCUUGAGGCAGGAGAGAAGAAGCGAGGGACUGUGUGCUCUGUCUUCAUUGACGUCCUUACGUCUAGGAGUAGUCCCCAGCUGCGUAAAGUGUUCAGAUACUAUGGCAAAUACAGCACAAAGGGUUUGGUAGAGGCACUGGAUGAUGAGCUGACUGGAGACACUGAGGACUGCCUUAUGACUUUGGUGAAGACUGCCUGGAACACACCUGCCUACUUUGCUGAAAGGCUUCAACAGGCUAUGAAGGGUUUUGGAACCAACUGUGGAACCCUGACCCGUAUCCUGGUGAGUCGUUCAGAGGUGGACCUGCUGAAAAUCCUACAUGAAUACAGAAGGAUGUAUAACAGAACCCUACAAGAGGACCUCCUGGCAGAAACUAAGGGAGAUUAUGAAACCAUUCUCCUGGCUCUUUGCGGUAAAAAGUAA